UGAAAACUUGCAACAAAUAAUGAUCUUUAUUAUUCAGAAGUCCGAAUCUCCUUACCACGUCUGUCUUAUCUUGCUUCCAAGACAUUAGCACACAAUCUUGCUCCUGUUUGAUCGAAAAUUCAUAAAAAUGAGCAAGAAACUUUCAGAAGAACAGAUUAAAGAAUUCCGCGAGGCCUUCUUGGUCUUCGACAAAGAUGGCGACGGCACUGUCACAGUUUCUGAGAUUGGCCUCGUCAUGAAAAGUCUUGGGCAAAACCCGUCAGAGGCUGAAAUCAAAAGCAUGGUUCAAGAAGUCGACACAAAAGGACAAGGUGAGAUCGAUUUCGACGACUUCUGUGUCCUUAUGCAAAGAAUGUCAGGAGACUCAGGCGAGUCAGAGGAUGCUUAUGAUGAAACAAAAGAGACUUUCAAGGCCUUCGACAAAUCUGGAAACGAUAAAAUCACGGUUUCUGAUCUGAAAAGCGUCCUUGAAAACCUCAGCGUGAAGCUGACGACCGAUGAACUCAAUGGAAUUCUAGAAGAGCUUGAAUCUGUGGGUAGCGAGCUUGAAUACAGCGACUUUACAAAGAUCUUCAUGUACGCCUAAGGUGAGGAUACAAUGGACUAUUUUCAAUGCACAAGGACUCUUUUGCAACACUUUAUCUAAAAUUGUCUUUUAAAAUGAUCACCGUUAUAUCACUA